AUGUUGAGUGUACAGAAAGAACAGCGUGUUAACAUCAAAUUUCUUUUCAAACUUGGAAAAUCUGCAAGUGAAACGUUUGUAAUGUUGCAACAAGUUUACGGCGAUGAUUGUUUAUCGCGAACACAAGUGUUUGAGUGGUUUAAACGAUUUAAAGAUGGCCACGAAGACACAAGUGAUGACGCUCGCACUGGAAGACCAUUGUCAGCAAAAACUGAUGCAAACAUUGAAAAAAUCAGUAAACUUGUUCAAGAAGAUGUCCGUUUAACAAUCAGAGCAAUGUAUGAGUUAACAGGAAUUGACAAGGAAAGUGUUAGGCAGAUUCUUCAUGAAAGUUUCAACAUGAACAAAGUGUGUGCAAAAAUGGUUCCAAAGUGUCUCACAAUUGAACAGAAGGAACGCCGAAGAAUGAUUUGUUCUGACAUCCUAGAAAACAUUGAAAGAGAUCCCACCUUUUUACAAAAUGUUAUUACUUGUGAUGAAUCGUGGUUUUUUACUUAUGAUCCCGAAACCAAACGCCAGUCGAUGCAUUGGAAAUCUCCUGAUUCCCCACGACAAAAAAAAAGCAUGAAUGUCAAAAUCGAAAUUCAAGGCAAUGAUGAUUGUUUCUUUUGA